AUGUGCUUUGCUUCCCUGAUCGUGGGGCUGCUUUGGGAGAUUGUGUGGGUAAAGCCCUACCUGCACAGCUCCCUCAGUGUGGUCUCUCCCUCUCUGCCCCACAGGGAGAAGUCCCAUUCAUGGUUGAGCACAGGCUGGUUCACCAUGGUGAUUGCAGUAGAGUUGUGUGACCACGUGCAUGUCUAUGGCAUGGUCCCCCCAGACUACUGCAGCCACCGGCCCCGCCUGCAGCGCAUGCCCUACCAUUACUACGAGCCCAAGGGCCCAGAUGAGUGUGUCACCUACAUCCAGAAUGAGCACAGCCGCAAGGGCAACCACCACCGCUUCAUCACUGAGAAGAAGGUCUUCUCAUCCUGGGCCCAGCUCUACGGCAUCACCUUCUCUCACCCCUCCUGGAUCUAGGCUGCCUACCAGGGGCACUCACUGGGGUGCUUUCCACAUGGCUGCUCAGGGCGGGGGGCGGGGGGUGGGGGGGGCAGCUGCUGGCCAGUCAAGGCCGGUCUGAGUGUCUCCUGGCCCUCUGGAGCCUUGGGGCAGGUGUAGCCUCUAGCUAGUCAGCUCCCGAGGGAAUCUCUUGGUCAAUCAGGGAUUUGGGCUUUUCUGCGGUUAAUCAGGGGUUUGGGGAGGUCUUUAUUGUCCAGUCAGGGUCUGAGCAUAGUUAAUCAGGGUAUUUCUGAGUAAUCUGAGGCUAAGGGAGUGUCCUUUCCUAUGAGGCCUUGGGUUUGAGCCCCUAGGAUGGAUCCCAAAUCACUCCCUACUGGCUGGGAUAGUGGGUCCUGUCCUAAGGAGCUGGAAACUCAGUGUCAUCCCUAAACCUCCAGAGUCAGAAUGGUUGUGUGGGAGUUGAGUUGACCUUGGGCAACUCCCCUGUUACCUCUGGGCUCUGUUCUGCCUGCGUCAGGUUCUAAAUGUGGGGUCUGAGGCACCCCUUGCCCAGUGGCUGCCGUGGGUCUGGCCACUCCCUUUCCUCCUCCUAAAACUUUUUCUUUUUUUGAGCAAAGUCCUCCAGGGUUUGGGGGGGACCCUGAUAAGAAUGGGAGACCCUUCUUUGCCCCUCAGCCCAGCUGCCAUUAGCUUGGCUCUUAAAUAACCAGGCCACCUUUUUUACCAUCCAGCCAUGAGGUUUUCUACCUGUUGGAGGCAUUCUGGGCUGAGAAAGGGGAGAAUCCCAACCAAAUUGGGGCUUCAAAAACCCCCUUUAUUUGCAGCUGUUGGAGGCUUACAAGGGUCUCCCUGAGCUGGGCCUGGGAGGGCUCCGAGGGGCCAGGAGCUGUGCCUUCUGGUCCUGUUCCCCACAGUUUACAUCAGGCACUUUAUUGCUGGGCCUCACUGGGGUUAGUUUGCCCCCCUGCUAUUCCCAGAGCCUGGAAGGGAAGACUGGAGGACUUCCUGGAGUUGGCUAUAAAAUGGGAAAGGUGAGAAGGAGGGGCAGGAGGACAUCAGUGAGCCAUUGCACAUUGGGGUGGGGAGUGGGGCUUGUGACUACCCCAGACGUGGUUUUGUAAUGAUUUGUACAGGAAUAAAUGCACCUAAACUCCA